GAGAGUUGUCUAUUGGCAUCUACCUAGCAUCCCAGACUCGAUUCUCAGCAUCUUUACAAUGGUACGUACAUCCUCUCCCGCCACCUGAUCCGGUGGCCCUCCUUUCUCUCACCUCCCUCUAUAAAACCUCCUCUCUCUCUCUCUCUCUCUCUCUCGCCUCCCUCCACUAACCCAAAUACAACACAAACUCUUUCUCUAUCACCAAUUUACUCCAUUUAGUGAGAGAGAGAGAGAGAAAGAUGAAUGGCUUGGAUUCACCGCUCGAGGCCCUGGCCUUCAAUUACCUGAGUUUCGCUUUCUCAACGGCCGUCAACAACGUCUGGACAUGGGUGGUCGCAGUCAUUACGGCGGCCGUUAGUUUCUGGCAGAUCAGAGCCGCCGGUUGUGCUGGUCCCGCGAAAUCCCAACCUGACCGCCGUCGGAUUAGCGAGCCGAUUACUACCGUUUCAACGACGACUACGGCGGUGAAUUUUGUACUGGAGACCGAUGGCGGUGCCAAUGAAGGAAGGAGGAGACUCAGGAGAGGGAAAUUCACUGUUUAUUAUGAUGAGAUCAGUGAGGGCGUGGAGGGCGAUUCGACGGCGGAUGACGGCGGUGAGGGGUGUCGUUGGGGUGGGGAUUGGGAGAGAGGGUUGAGAAUGAGAGUGGGGGAGGAUGUGAGUUUGGGGUGGUACCGUAAUCAGGAUUUGACGGUGAUUGACGGUAACGUCGUUAGGUUAUGGGAUUGGGGAUGCUGAUUGUGGUAAUUAACGGGAAUUUAACUUAAACUAGUUGUAAUUAGUGUUUGGUUAUUCUCAGGUAGUGGUGAGGGGUGUUUAAUUUAAUUUGGUUAAUUAUGGUUUUGGAUUAGGAAGUUUGUUAAGAAGAGUCAUUGGUUUUGGUAAUUAAUAAUUAAUGUACCUGAGGCCUUUGAAUUGUGUAUACAUCUAUAUAUGAUUUCUAAGCAUUUCAUAAAA